CUACGUGAAAGAUCGAGGGACUACACACGGAGAAAAUCAUCACAAAACAAAAGACCAAAGCUGAAAGACUCUCUGCAUCUUCUUUCAAAACUAUAAACCCCGCACGGCACGAGGCCAGCGCAGCGCGGGCGUGGCGAGACGCGGAAGGAACAAGCAAACAUCGAGAGCAGAGCAGAGAGCUGUAGAGGCGCAUUAGGGGAGAGAGAGAGAGAGACGGGCAUGGAGGAGGCGGCGAAGACGAGCGUGGUGUGCGUGACCGGCGCGGGCGGCUUCGUCGCCACGUGGCUCGUCAAGCUCCUCCUCUCCGACUCCAAGGCCGGCUACACCGUCCGCGGCACCGCGCGCGAUCCCGGUGACGCUAAGAAUGCCCAUCUCAAGGUGCUAGAAGGCGCCGACGAAAGGUUGCAGCUUGUCAGGGCUGACCUGCUGGACUACGACAGCGUAGCGUCGGCGAUUGCCGGCUGCGACGGCGUCUUCCAUGUCGCCUGCCCUGUCCCCUCCGGCCGAUCAACCGACCCCGAGAAAUGUUCUCAAGAACGUUGUCCAAAGAAAGAUCCCCUAAAAGGACGACGAUCUCUGACUGGUAGGAGACAUUCUGAAUGUAUACUGCAUAAGGCAGAGGUCAUAGCUCCUGCUGUAACAGGCACACUGAAUGUGCUGAAGGCCUGCCAUGAGGCGAAAGUUAAGCGAGUAGUCAUGGUGUCUUCAGGUGCUGCAGUGGUCGCCAAUCCUAACUGGCCAAAGGGUAAAGCCUUUGAUGAAGAGAGCUGGUCAGACGAGGACUACUGCAGAAAGAAUGGGGAUUGGUAUUACCUUUCCAAAACACUGGCGGAGCGCGAGGCUUUUGCUUAUGCAGCAAAAACUGGGUUGGACAUUGUAACUAUUUGCCCAUCAUUGGUAAUUGGACCAUUGAUGCAGUCUACAGUAAAUACGAGCAGUAAAGUUCUCCUUAAUUAUUUGAAAGGAGAACAUGAUACUGUAGAAAAUAAAAGCAGGGAUAUAGUGGAUGUUCGUGACGUAGCCGAUGCUAUUCUUCUGGCGUAUGAGAAUCCAGAGAUGUCUGGACGGUACAUAUGUAAUGCACCUGCAAUAAAAGUCUGUGAUAUGGUAAACAUACUGAAGACCUUAUAUCCAACUUACACAUAUCCCAAAAGCUUUACGGAAGUGGAAGGAAAUCUUGUUUAUAGUUCAGAGAAACUUCAGAAGCUAGGAUGGACCUUCAGGCCUGUAGAGAAGACCCUGGGGGACAGCGUCGAAUCCUACAGAGCAUCUGGCCUCCUGAAGUGAGCAUCCAACUGGGACAAGCUUGUUUGUUGAUCCUUGCAAAUUAUUUCUGAUUCAUGUAAACAGAGAAACAAAAUAAGUUUGUGACACAAUCAUCAAGGGAAUCAUGUUACCAUAAAAAUAAUUAAAUAAAUAAACAUUAUGCAAGCCUUUCUUUUGCAGAGUCUUGAGGUGUUUCGAGCAAAAUAGCUGCAUUGUUCUGCUGCUUC